CUUGAAUCGAAGUUCAAGAAGGCAGCUGAAGCCUGAACGCUACCUACCUUCCCAAUUGCCAAAGGUUGGGGCGCUAGCUAGAAACUUCACGUGAGUCUCACCUCAUUUUCUGUGUCCAGAGUGCUUUUUCCGCAGUGAAUCCAGAUAUCUAGAAAGCUUCCUGUCCAGCUUCCUAGGACAACGAGCGGCGUAUAUCGUUGCGGCUCUCUGAGGGAUCACCAUGGAAGAUGACGCGAUCAGCAACUUCUGCGCAAUCACAGGUGCCACGCCGGAUCAGGCAAGGUUCUUUUUAGAGAGCUCAGGCAAUGACAUGGAACAGGCCAUGUCCGCUUUCUAUGAUCAGGAAGGCGACGACGAUCUGCCUGCUGAAGAGGCAGUGCCGUCGGAAGGAGCAGCGCCACCGGCGCAGGGGCAGCAGGAGCAGGCGGGAGGGGUCAGGCAGGGCCAAGGGGCGUGGCCAGGUGCUUCUGGUGGCGGCGGCGCUGGCCCGAGCAUCCGGGGCGGCGAAGUCCGGGGUGGGGCCAAGAAGAGGCCUGCCGGCGCAGGCGCCAGUGGGGGGGGCAUCAGGACUCUGGGUGAUCUCGGCAGAGCAGCAGAACAAGACGACAGUGAUGAGGAGGGCGGUCCACAGGAGUACUACACAGGGGGAGAGAAGAGUGGCAUGAUGGUCCAGGACCCCAGCAAAAAGCCCGGCACGUCGGUUGACUCCAUCUUUGAUCGCGCCCGCCAGCACGGCGCCGUCGAUGGCACUCCCGCAGAUAUGCUUCCCUCCGCGCCUGCCGCCAGGGGGGCUUUCACAGGAUCAGCCAGGACGCUGGGCGCGGACGGCAGCCCCGCUGUGCCGGAGGUUCCGCCGGCGGUGGCCGCGGCGCCGGCGCCGGAGCGGGCGGUGCACACCAUCACGUUCUGGCGCAACGGCUUCACUGUGGACGAUGGGCCCCUGCGCAAGCUGGAGGACCCCGCCAACGCACCCUUCCUCAACAGCAUCAACAAGGGCGAGUGUCCGCGCGAGCUGGCCCCCGCAGAUGCGCGCGUGAUGGUGCACGUCAACCUGGUGCGCAAGGAUGCCGACUACGAGCCUCCUAAGGAGCCCAAGUACCGCGCAUUUGUGGGGUCUGGCCGCACCCUGGGCUCCACCGACAGCGAGCCCGCCCCGGAGCCGGCCGCCUCAGCCCCCGCGACAGCAUCCAGCAACAAGUCGUUCGAGGUGGACGAAUCGCAGCCGUUCACCAGCCUGCAGCUGCGCCUUCUGGACGGAACGCGGCUGGUGGCGCGCUUCAACCACAGCCACACGGUCGGCGACAUCCGCCGCUUCUUGGAGCGGGCGCGGCCCGGGGCCACGUCCUCCUACCGCCUGGUGACUUCCUUUCCCCCGAAGACGCUCACGGACCUCGACCAGACGAUCGAGCAGGCGGGGCUCCUAAAUGCAGUGGUUAUGCAAAAGGCUUGAUCCGGAGAGAGCAGGGCCGCUUGGUGAAGCGGGAGUACAGGAGUGCACUGACAAUAUCUUAGGUCGAUUGGCGCUGUGCCACAAGAAUUCCAACUUACCUAGCUGCCUGUAUUGUUUUUUAUUGGAGUAUUUGUCUGCCGCCAACAUCAACCACAAUCUAUUCAUCUACUACUUG